AUGGCCACACAGCAACCGACCUCCCGUGCUCUUCAUACACGAAUCAAUGCAGACAUAACCCAGCUUCUCCAGAGGUUUGAGAAUAUUAUGGCUGCUGCGACAGUGAACAAUCCCAGCCGCACAUCCUCAGCCAUUGAGUCGUACCAGUUGGACGUCGAAUCAACAGCUCUUAUUCGUGCUGCCGAGGAUAUACUGUCCCUUACGCGCACGCUGAAAGAAACAUGGCUAUUUGGAAAGCUGGAGACUGUCGGUGAGGACGAGAGAGACAUUCAACGACGGGAGCGGCUGGAGAAGGAUGUAGAGGCCGUGAGAGAUGUGAUUCAACAGAGACUACAAGCAGAGUCGGAAAAUCAAUGA